AUGACUCCCUCUCAACAUUCACAAGAUCUAGCUCACUACAUCAAAGGCCGGCUGCUAAGUUCCAGAAUGCCAUUGAUUCAUGCUCAGCCUGCUAGACCAACAUGGCUUCUUCCAUCUGGACCUCAAGUUCAAGUUGAAAAGGUCAUUAGGAUGCUUGAAGAAGCCUGGAAUCAAUCCUAUUAUGUGGCCGAGUUAUCACUGAGGCAGAGUGGAAGCAAUGGGGAUUUGGAAAACAGACUCCUUACAAGAUUCCCACCAAUCUACCAGUCAACAUCGCCGGUCGACAUCCCUUACCUUGAUAAACCUUGCCACAUAACUGACAAGGCCGGCCACAUUCUUCUGUGGUACUUCCCAAAGUUAAUCUCAGAAGAUCUUCAGACGGAGAAUCUAAGACCCAAAAAGAAAAGUAAUGGGAGUUGGCGGGAUCAGAUCCACCCCGACCACGGUGGCAAAAUGACCGGCAUAGUAAAUUUAUCACCCGGCUGGUUCUCCCAAGGACACAAAGGUCCUGCCAAUCCACUUCAUCCUUCCUCCGAUAUCCAACAGGCCAGUAACCUCAUCUAUCUUGAAACACUCUCCUUCAUCAACACCGUUAUCUCUGCCAUAUACUCCAUCAUUCGACCCGACCUAUUCAUGCAAACUCCACAUAUAUAUGGGUCCUAG